GAACUUUGAGAAAAGACACGUUUUUAGUAGGUACGGUACGUCAGGGUUGAGUGUGCAACACUUAGUCCUAGUUGCAGAAAAUAUAUGGAUCCAGAAAACAAUCCAUCAUCUAAUCAUGUACAAGAUAUCAUAGAUCUGAUCAAACAAUCUAAUGAUAAUUUUAAAUCAUUUAAAUUAAUACGUGAAAAAUUUUCAAAUUCAAUAUCUACUACUGAAUUUAAUGAUUUCUUAUCAAUAUUAACUAAUCAUCUAAAUGAAUUAACAUCAAAUCAUGUCAAGAAAUUACUCUUAGAUAAUAUUAAUACAUUAAAUUGGUUUACUUAUAAUCAUAAUUCAGUAGUAUAUCUAAAUAUAAUAAAUUUAUAUAUAACAAGUUUAACAUAUUAUCCAAAUUUAUUAUAUGAUAUUUGUGAAUUUUAUAUUAAUCAAAUAUUUUAUUUAAAAGAUUUUAUAAAUGAACAAUUGAAGAUUGAAAAUUUAAAUCAAUUUAUUGAUUUUUCAAUCGAUUUUUUCAUAUCUUUAUGCCAAAUGAUACCCCAAUCAAUAUCGAUCAUUAUUGAUUUAUUGAUUAAACGAUUUCCGAAUUGGCGUAAAUCAAUAAAAGAAUUAAUUUGGGCAACUUAUCAACUAUUAUAUCUAUUAUCUAAUCAAAAAUCAUCAAAAUUAUUAACACAUACUCAUAAAUGUGAUAUUCUAUCUAUACUGUUUCGUGUAAUUAUUGAUUUAGAAUUAAAUCCUGAUGGAAUACAAUGUGAGAAUUUAUUAGUAUUAUUUGAUAAUACUACUACUAGUAGUAGUACUACUACUUCUGAUACUACUAAUAUAAAUUUAUUAUUUCAUCAAUUUGAUCCAAUGAUGUUAAAAACCAAUUUGAUUCUUUUCUUUCAUACUAUUGAACAGUUAAUCAUUCAUGAUAAAAAUUGGUUAAAACUUGAACUGAUUUGUUGGUUACUAAUAACACAUAUAAGUAGUAUAUGUACAGAAAUGAAUAAAAAUUCAUCUAUAGAACUGAAUUGGAAUUUAUUAUGUACCAUAUUUCGUCGUGUACGUGAUUUAUUUUCUGAGCAUAUUCUACCGGUAAAUGUUACUAUGGUAGCUUUCCCUAUGAUUUGUUUUUAUAUAUGUAGUUUACGUGGUGGAUUAGUAAUCAAUUUUAUUGAUUUUUUAUGGAAUAUUAUUAAAGAUCAUUGUCGUGAUCAAGGAAGUCGUCUUAUGGCAUUAUCUUACCUUUGUUUUUUAUUAGUUAAUGGGAAAUUUUGUUUUAUUGAUCUGAUUAUCGAAAUGAUGCAUGAUAUGUCUACAUGGUGUAUUGAUUAUGCCUAUCGUCAUCGUGGAGUUCUUAUGACCGCUUCGAAUUCGACGACUUCUUUAUCAGAUAAUAAAUUAUAUUAUGCUAUAUGUAAUGUUUUAAUUUAUAUAUUUGUACAAUUACAUUCAGAAUUAUUAGAUGAUGAACACUUUCAAAGUUGUAAUCGCUUGCCUAUAGCACAAAUUAGUAUAUCACCAUUUAAACCAUUAGUACAUAUACCAAAGGAAUUACGUCAACUAUUUUUUCGUAUUAUAUCUACUUAUCAUUUAAGUUGGUCUAUGCUUGGUUUAAUACAAUCUAUUCAUGAACAAGAUCAUUUGAAUAAUGAAAUUCCAUUGACUAUAGAAAUGAUUCAAUCAAUGAUACCAAGUCAAAUGAUUCAUAUACCAAAGAAUCAAUGUUUAUUAUCACUUUCAUCACCAAUUAUAAAUUGUUUAUUUCGUAAUAUUCAUUUAGGGAAACGUUUUAUGAAUCAGCAAGUUGAUAACUCGGAAGAUCAUUCGAAGUCUAUUUCAGUUCCAUUAACAUCAUCGUCUCGUAGAAAACGUAAAGCAGAAUCAGAUAAUGAAGAAAGUAUGACUAAUGAAUCGAUCAAAAAGGCUACUCAAGAAUCAGAAUAGAUAAUUUGCAGUAUUUUUGGAAUAAACUUGUAUAUAUUUUGAAUCUUUGCUAUUUUUCUAUUACUUAUUUUAUUGGUUGUACAUAUUUGGUAGCUAUUUUUGGAAUUCUAAUAAAUUUUUCUAUGG